AUGUCUGAUAAUCGAAACACAACAUUAACGACACCAAAGGUGCUGGUAUGGUCAUUAAUUCUAACAGGUUCAAUAUUGAGUACACUUUCAAUCUUUAAUAGAUAUUUUAAAAGAUAUGGAACUGCUUCAGAUAUACCUAAAAAUGUUUUCAAAAAACAUUUUUUAAAGGGGAAAGUCACAAGUGUUGGCGAUGGGGAUAACUUCCAUUUUUAUCAUACUCCAGGCGGUGUGUUGGCUGGUUGGGGCUGGUUUAGAGAAAUUCCAGAAUUAAUUUCAAUUAAAGAAUCAUCAGAACCUUUUAAACCCAAAAAAGUUAAAAAUAGCAGUAAAAGCUUUUGGCAAAAGUUUCUAUUCAAAAAUCAAGAUACUGCCUCGGAUUAUUUUAUGAGACUGCCGGUUAAAUACAAAAAUAGAAGGGGGUUGGAAACCAUAUCCGUUAGGCUCUGCGGUGUAGAUGCACCGGAAAGAUCACAUUUUGGAAAUCCUGCCCAACCGUUUAGCGAAGAGGCCCUUAGAUGGUUGCAGCAUACUUUGCUUGGUAAAGACGUUUGGAUAAAGCCAUUAUCUAUCGACCAAUAUGGAAGGUGUGUUGCUAAAGUUUUAUACUGGUCAGGUCUUUUCUCUGGUUAUAGGGAUAUUAGUUUACAAAUGAUUGAACUAGGUUUAGGUACAGUUUAUGCGGGUAGUUCACAAAGUGCUGAGUUUGAUGGACAAGAACUAAAAUAUAGGUAUGAAGAAGAUGUUGCAAAAAUGAAAAAGAGGGGAAUAUGGUCUCUGAAGCACAUGGAAACACCGGCUGAAUAUAAAAAACGUAUACGUUCUUGA